AUGUUGUGUACUUUUGAAACAUUGCCUGAUGAGAUUUUAAUGAUUAUUCUACCAUAUUGUGGUCAUGUUGUAAAUAUAUUCCACACAUUUCUUGGUUUAAAUCAACGUUUAAAUCAAAUUCUUAUUGAUAGACGUUUACAUUUAUUAACUGAUUUCUUACAUGUCAAUGCACGAGAUGAUUACUAUAAUUCUCGUAUAUUUCAACAAGUUUCUCGACAAUUAUUAUCAAUAAAUAUAUCAUUAGAUGAAGAAAAACUCAAUCAAUUAUUACAACCAUUAAUUAUUUUUCAUAUACAAUUAAAAUAUAUUGAAUUGGGAUGUGAAUUUCAAUUAUAUUCUGAAAAAUUUCAUUCAGUUCGCCAACAACUUACUGAUGAUAAAAUUAUUAAAAUAGAUAAUGAAUUAAAGGAAAAAUUCCAUAGUAUAACUCAAACACCUCUAACUAUGCAAUAUAUUCAUGAUAUUGAACAUCUUGUUUUAACAGUUGGUGCUCGUCUCAUAUGUAAUGAUGAUGAACUAUGUGGAUUUAAUUUUAGUAAAUUUAUCAAUGAUCAAUUUCUUGCUCAUAUUAAGGAUACUGAUGAAAAAAACUCUUUUUUAUCAAUUAAUUCAUAUUUAAAAUUGUUUAAAAUAUUAAUUAUUUCAAAUCCAUUUCUUCUCAAUAAUAAAGAUUAUGUUGGUAACGGUGGUUUGGAUGUGAUAUAUUUUCUUAUAUAUACUCUCUAUCAAUUAAAUCAUUUCUAUCAUGGUCAUUCUUCAACAUUCGUAAAUAUGAAAUAUUAUCGAGCUAUCGUCGACUUAUUUCUUUUUGCUAUACAAUGUCGAAAACAAGCAUAUAAUGAACAUUAUGAUAUUCGAAAAAUUAUGUUUGAAGUACUGCAAUUAAUUCCUGAGAUUAAUAAUGAUAUUUUUAUACAAACUGCUCAACGGGAAAUAUUAAAGAUAAUUAUUGAUGAAUGUAAUAUUAUAUCAAAUCAACCAGUGGAUGAAUAUGAGAGAUAUGACUUUCAAAGAAUACUAAAAAAUUUAGUAAAAAAACAACGUUUAGAUAUUAUUAGAUAUAUUGAUCAAUGUGAUGCAUUUAAAGAAUUAUUUAAACAAGUAAAUUAUAGUCGAGAAUGUAUAGAUAUAAUGACAGGUAAUCGAUCGGGAAGACAAUUGCUCGGACAAAUUUUUAAGGAAAAGCUAUUGAAUUUUUUAUAUUUCAAUAAAUCUUUCAUAUUUAUUCUAUUAGACAAAAAAGAACGAAAAUUAAUUAAACAAUUAUUAGAAUUAUUUCCACAUCUCAUUUCUGAAGUAGAUAAUGAUGGAAAUGAUCCGUUACUUUAUAUUUGUCUUAAAGUGUAUGGUUGUCGACACCGAAUUAUCGAACAUUUAAUUAAAAUGGGAUCAGAUUUGGAACGAAAGAAUAUUCAAGGACAAAACUUCAUGGCAGCAUUACAAUUACAAAGAAAUCGAAAACUAUUAAAAACCUUGUACGAGAAAGAAAUUAUUAAAAAUGAUAUUCAAUAUGUGAAUUGA